UUCCCCAUUCCUGCCAAAAGACGGCGGCGGCGACUCUUCACUACUGCUCAUCGCUGGCCGCUCUUCUCCUUCCUCCAUCCUAUCCUCCCGGGUUGGCAAUCGUCCGUGGUCAAGAUGAUGCCGUUGAGAUCAUCCAAGGGUGCUCUGCGCACUCUCCAGGGCCAGCGGUAUCUCGCUGCUGGUCGAAGGAGCUUUUCCGCCUCUCCUCUGGCUGCGGCCAUCACGCCCCACCGCUCCUCGGCUCAGCGCUCCUCGUCCAUUGAGACCUCCAAGCGUGGUCAGAGUACGGCGACGGCGACCGCAGGUCAAGCCAGACCUGUUCCCAGUCCUGCGUUCAAUCAGGAUACCCGGCGCAAUGAGCCAGCGCCGCUGCAGAACCGUCCUGUGCCCGAGCUGGAUGACUCCUUCAUCGGACUCAGUGGUGGAGAGAUCUUCCACGAGAUGAUGCUCCGUCAGGGCGUGAAGCAUAUCUUUGGUUACCCCGGUGGUGCAAUCCUCCCAGUCUUCGAUGCUAUCUACAAUUCGAAACACUUCGACUUCGUCCUCCCGCGCCAUGAACAAGGUGCUGGUCACAUGGCCGAGGGUUACGCUAGGGCUUCGGGCAAGCCUGGCGUUGUCCUCGUCACUUCCGGCCCUGGAGCGACAAACGUAAUCACUCCCAUGCAGGAUGCUCUCUCCGAUGGUACGCCCAUGGUGGUCUUCUGUGGCCAGGUGCCGACAACCGCGAUUGGUACCGAUGCGUUCCAGGAGGCCGACGUGGUGGGCAUCUCUCGGGCAUGCACCAAGUGGAAUGUCAUGGUCAAGAACGUUGCGGAGCUCCCUCGACGGAUCAAGGAGGCCUUUGAGAUUGCUACCAGCGGCCGUCCUGGCCCCGUCCUCGUUGACCUUCCCAAGGAUAUCACGGCUGGUAUCCUCAGGAAGCCCAUCCCCAUGGCCAGCACCCUUCCCUCCCACCCCAGCGCAGCCACCCUGGCUGCUCGUGAGCUCAGCAGAAAGGAGCUUGAAAACACCAUGACCCGCGUUGCCCGCCUCGUCAACAUCGCCGAGAAGCCCAUCCUCUACGUUGGCCAGGGUCUGCUGGCUCGUCCGGAGGGCCCGCAGCUUCUCAAGGAGCUGGCUGACAAGGCUUCCAUCCCCGUGACGACUACUCUCCAGGGUCUUGGUGGUUUCGAUGAGCAUGACCCCAAGUCGCUCCACAUGCUGGGUAUGCACGGUGCUGCGUACGCCAACAUGGCCAUGCAGGAGGCCGACUUGAUCAUUGCCCUGGGUGCUCGUUUUGAUGACCGUGUGACGGGUAACAUUGCCAAGUUCGCGCCUCAGGCCAAGCUGGCCGCAUCUGAGGGCCGUGGAGGAAUCGUUCACUUCGAGGUCAUGCCGAAGAACAUCAACAAGGUUGUUGAGGCCACUGAGGCCGUUGAGGGAGACUGUGCGGACAACCUCCGCCUCCUACUCCCUCAGGUCAACCGCGUUGCCAACCGACCGGAGUGGUUUGCCCAGAUCAAUGACUGGAAGAAGCGUUUCCCUCUCUCUCUGUACGAUAAGCAGACCUCUGAUGGUCCUAUCAAGCCGCAGGCCGUCAUCGAGAAACUCUCUGAACUCACGGACCCCAUUAAGGACCACACUGUCAUCACGACCGGUGUCGGACAGCACCAGAUGUGGACCGCACAACAUUUCCGCUGGAGAUACCCGCGCACCAUGAUCACUUCCGGCGGGCUUGGAACCAUGGGAUACGGUCUCCCCGCGGCCAUUGGAGCCAAGGUGGCGCGUCCCGAGGCUCUCGUCAUUGACAUUGAUGGUGAUGCCUCCUUCAAUAUGACCCUGACGGAACUGUCGACCGCUGCGCAGUUCAACAUCGGAGUCAAGGUGAUCGUUCUCAACAAUGAAGAGCAGGGAAUGGUCACGCAGUGGCAGAACCUGUUCUACGAGGAUCGUUACGCCCACACGCACCAGAAGAACCCCGACUUUGUCCUUCUGUCGCAAUCUAUGGGUGUCCAGGCUCAGCGCUGCACGAAGCCUAAUGAGGUCGAGGAGAAGCUGAAGUGGCUCAUCGAGAGCGACGGUCCUGCCCUGCUUGAGAUUGUCACUGCCCGAAAGGUACCCGUUCUGCCCAUGGUGCCGGCUGGAAGUGCCCUGCACGAAUUCCUUGUAUAUGACGAAGCCAAGGAACAGAAGAGGAAGGAACUGAUGAGAUCGAGAACCGACCCCUCUCUUCUGCAGUGAAAUUUCAAUUGAAACAUUAGCGGUUUUUCCUUGCUCAACCCGCGGCUCUCCUGGACCGCGGCCCUUUGGUCUUUGAUGAUGAUAUUCCGUUGAUAUCCACGGCGUUUGGCGGGUCAAAAAAGUCGCACUUUUGUGGCUCUGAGAGAAGAAGAAACAACAACCAAAAAAAGAAUUAUCAGCCGAUCUUAAGCACGACAAUGUCAACAAGAUCUCGGCCUUUUUCAGAUCUUUUCCCACAUAAUCCCCAAGGGCUUGGGUUCGAGUUUCUGCCAACGUUUUUGUAGCACCAUCAUGUACAUAAUCUGAUUUCCUUACCUGCCUUGGUAUCGAACGGUCGCAUUUGGAGGAAUAUAGGAAUAGCAUUUCCAACGGAGCAUUACAAAAAGCAUCUUGCAUUCAGCAGCGGGUAUUGAAACGUUUCUUACAACUUCAUCUGCUU